AUGGCCGCAGAGACGCACGACAACCACGAGCAGCAGCCAGCCGAGAACGCUGCCAACGAUGAAGCCGCCCAACGGGAAGCCUACGACUAUUGGGGCUAUCUACUCAAGCCAGACAAGUGCGGCACACCGAAGCUAGACCGCCUACUGAAGGGCAUUGCAGAAGUCAUCAGCCAGAAGUUCGAACCUAGUGGCUGUCCCGAUCUCACACCAUCCCAGAUCGCAGCAUGGUACCGCGCCGUCGGCAGCAAAUACGAUGUCCUCUUUACUGAGACGCCAGCCUCUUCCCUUGCCUUCAUCUACCGUUCUCUCGGCGCGUUCCACAGCCUCCAGCCAUCGGCGAGCGACGACGGAUACUCUUCCCCAACUAUUCCCGCGCUCAAGCAACAAGGCUUCGUGACAUGGCAGACUGUACAGCUGCUGCUUGGGCCGCAGGAGCAUGUGCCCAUAUUGCAGAAGUCGGUGGAAAAAUUCGACGUCAUCGAUCCGGAGACGAAGGAAGUGUUCCUCAAAAUUCUACCAAGCACAUGCUUUCCUAGCCAGCCAGAUCAAGCAAUGGAGGAAUGGUAUGAGGGUGUCGCUGCUAGGCUUAGGAGGGAGGCAGAAGCAGAAGCAAACGGAGCACGCGUCGAUGAUGAACCCCGCAUCUCAGCAGACUCCUCACGAGAUAGUUCGUCUGCAGACGAGAAGACCGGCGCAUUCAAGUACUUUGAAGAUCCUAUGUAUCGAAAGGCUAAGCCGAGGCCAACAUUCAUGCGCCAUGUGUCGAAAGAGCAAGCUCGAGCGAGCAAUGACCAUGGGCCGAUAUCGAGAGUCAGGAACAUGCUCAAUCCGUGGAGUCGGCGACGCAGUCUUCCACCUGAUCGAUAUGAAGACGACAGUCUCUCGGAUGAAGACGCAACCCCUAUUGCAUCCAACCCCCCACCGACACAGCGGUACCCUUCCCAGAAACGUCCUGUCCCGCCUCGACGGGAAAGCUCACUGUCUACCACGGAUUCUGAUUCUGACUCUGAACCGCCGCUCCCCAGACGGCGGUCGCCGGUACUUCGCGAUCGAAAUUCGCACGAAUCUCCUGUCCCGCCGAGGGACUACUUCCCGAACUAUCCUGAACAGUACCGGCCGUAUUCUCAGAACCUAUCGAGCGACAGGCCUGCCGCAAGGUCAUCGAGCACAUCGUCACCCGUCCAUCUUUAUGGUCCCACCAAAUCUCCGCUUUUUGCCACGCACGUCGCGCAGGUACAAGCACGAAACUACGGCGACCGGCCUGCCAUGCCAGCGCGGACAAGCUUCAGACCAGUGCCUGCGCCAAAUGCUCGAUAUGCGAGUCACUCAGCGUCAGUAAGCCCACAGCAUGCCGACGCACCGUAUGCGCGGGAUUACGAUCGCUACAAUCACCGCGACAGAGAUGCAUCGUACGAAGGCGGCGGCAGCAACUAUGGGAGCAGUCAAUCGCAUCGUCGCCACUCGUCAACUGGCGAUGCAGUCUACCCGCGCGAGCGACAUGGCGGCCACGACCGUGAUCGAGACCGAGACGUAGGCCGCACGCGCUCUCACGACCGUGUCAAGGACGAUUGGGACGAGCGCGAUAGGGACCGGAGUCGAGACAAAAGAGGCUACGAUAGAAGCAGAGAGCAUAGUCGUGACAGAGACCGGGACAGAGACAGGCACAGGGGGAGUCACAGGUAUGUCACGGGCGUGGAGGGCGGUGUCAGCGGGAGGAGGUAUCCUCUACGGCCGUCUUCCCGGGCCAAUACUUCGUACACAAGAAGCAGGUUUGGUGCAGCUUCACGCCCAACAGACCAGCCACCGCGCGGCGCUCUUUGUCCUUCACUCUCUCCUGCAGCCUGCGCCUCUCCUCGACCGCGAGCUGCACCCCGCCCGCCAACCAUGAACGGCACCGCGCAGCAUGCCUCGGAGCUGAAGCAGCAGGGCGCGCUCGAGGCCGCCCAGGACCCCAAUUCGCGCGUCACGGCCGAGGCGGCAGAGCAGAGCGUCGUCGAGCAGGCGCGUCUGGGCGGUAGCGCCGCCUUCCAGUUCGACCCCGACGCCAGCCCCGAGGAGAAGCGUGCUCAGGCGCGCGCCCGCCUGCCGCCCGGCUUCCACCACGAGCGCAACCCCAAUGCGACCGCCCUGGUCUCGGACGCCGACGACGCCGCGGCCGGCGCCCCCAAGUACGACCUGCCCCCGCCCUCCAAAGCCGGCGCCGUCGACCCGCCCGCGUCGCCCACCGCCAACGGCCAUGCGCCUGGGCUCGACACAGAUGCCCGCUGGGAGCGCGUCGGCUGGGAGCCGCGUUUCGGCAUGCCAGGCUCCGAGGACAAGGACGUCGACGAGGGCACGCUGCUCGACCACCAGACCUACCUCGAGGGCCAGCUCGACGACAAGUUCUUCGGCGACUGGUACCACAACACGGGCGUCAUCAUUUUCGCCUGUCUGAGCUCGUGGGUCGUCGCCACGCUCGGCGGCGGCCUGGGCUGGAUCAUGAUCAUCAUGGCCAUCUGCGGCACCUACUACCGCACCUCGAUCCGCCGCGUGCGCCGCAACGCCCGCGACGACCUCAACCGCGAGAUGGCCAAGAACCGCCUGGAGACCGACACCGAGUCGCUGGAGUGGAUCAACAGCUUCCUCGUCAAGUUCUGGCCCAUCUACGCCCCCGUGCUCUGCGACACUAUCGUUGGCUCCGUUGAUCAGGUCUUGUCCACCUCCACUCCGGCAUUCCUCGACAGCCUGAAGAUGAAGACCUUCGUUCUCGGUACCAAGCCGCCCCGUCUGGAGCACGUCAAGACAUACCCCAAGACCGAAGACGACAUUGUUCUCAUGGACUGGAAGUUCAGCUUCACGCCGGCUGACACCAUGGAUCUCACAGCGCGACAGGUCAAGAACAAGAUCAACCCCAAGAUUGUCCUCGAGAUCCGCAUCGGAAAGGGUCUAGUCAGCAAGGGCUUGGAUGUUAUUGUCGAGGACAUGGCCUUCUCUGGACUGAUGCGUUUGAAGUUCAAGCUGCAGUUGCCGUUUCCCCACAUCGAGAAGGUUGAGAUGUCGUUCUUGGAGCGACCGACCAUCGACUACGUCUGCAAGCCUCUCGGUGGCGAGACAUUCGGUUUCGAUAUCAACUUCAUCCCCGGUCUGGAGACCUUCAUCAUGGAGCAAAUUCACGCCAAUCUCGGACCCAUGAUGUACGAUCCGAACGUGUUCCCCAUCGAGAUCGCCAAGAUGCUUGCAGGAAACCCGGUCGACCAAGCUAUUGGUGUGCUCCAGGUCACUUUCCACGGUGCGCAGGGCCUCAAGAACCCUGACAAGUUCUCUGGCACGCCAGAUCCAUACGCAACCGUCUCUAUCAACAACAGGGCCGUACUCGGACGCACCAAGACCGUCCAUGAGAACGCCAACCCACGCUGGAACGAAACUGUUAACAUCAUUGUUACCUCGCUAAAGGACGCGCUGACGAUCAAUAUCUUCGACUACAACGAUAUUCGCAAGGACAAGGAGCUCGGAACGGCCACAUUCGCGCUUGAGCAGCUUGAGACCGAUACUACUCAUGAGAACCUGCACCUUGAGGUUAUGUCUGGUGGCCGAGCACGUGGUAUCCUGCAGGCCGAUGUCCGCUUCUUCCCAGUUCUUGAGGGUACUACGCUCCAAGACGGCACCAAGGAGCCUCCACCAGAGUCUCGCACAGGUAUCAUCAAGUUCACCGUUGAGCAGGCCAAGGAACUUGAUGGGACCAAGAGCAUGAUUGGUCAGCUCAGCCCGUACGCUAUCUUGCUGCUCAACGGUCGUGAGGUUCAGACGUCAAGGAUCAUGAAGCGCACCAACAUUCCUAUCUGGCCCGAUGCGACCAAGGAAAUGCUCAUCACCGACCGUAAGAAGGCAAAACUUGGUCUAGUGAUCAAGGAUGAUCGUGGCCUGGCUGCGGACCCCAUUCUUGGAACCUACCAGAUUGGCAUCGACGACAUGCUUGAACUUAUGGCCAAGGGUCAUGAGUGGUACAAUUUGGCCGGCGCUCAGACUGGUCGUGCGAAGAUGAAGCUCGAGUGGAAGCCUGUUGCUCUCAAGGGCUCAGUAUCCUCGGGUGGAUACCUCACCCCGAUCGGCGUGAUGAGACUCCACUUCCAGAGCGCGCGCAACUUGAAGAACCUCGAGACUAUGGGUAAAUCGGAUCCAUAUGUUCGUGUUCUACUCUCCGGCAUUGAAAAGGGCCGGACAGUGACUUUCAAGAACAACCUGGACCCAGACUGGGACGAGAUUGUCUACGUGCCCAUUCAUACCGCCCGUGAGAAGCUGACUCUCGAGGUCAUGGACGAGGAGAAGCUGGGUAAGGACCGCUCCUUAGGUCACGUCGAGCUGUCUGCUGGCGACUAUCUCCAGCAGGACGAGAAUGGCGAGUACCUGGUCAAUGAGCAAAAACAGAUCACACCUGGACAACUUCGAAUGUCGGGUACCUCGGCUUCAAAGGGUACACUGAACUACACAUGUUCCUUCUAUCCCACCAUCCCUACCUGGGACCCCGAAGAGGAUGCGGAGGAGGACGAAGAGGCGACGACCAACGGCGUCUCCCGGGCGGCCAGUAUCCGAACAGCGGGAUCGAAGGCACCUCCUUCAACUCACGCACGCACUGUGUCUGGUACAAGUCAGCUCGUUAGGUCUGAGACUGCAGGCACCAUUCCAUCUAUGGCACCCAGCAGCUCCAACGCAGGCAGCGCGAACGAUCUUGCCAAGCAGCUCGAAAAGAACGAGCAACAGCAGGACGAGCAAGUACCCGAAAAGCCGAAGAUCGAGAAGCUGCGCCUCAACGCCGAUGACUUGCAGCAGUAUGAAUCUGGUCUUCUCGUGUUCAAGCUUAUCGAGGGAGAGUUUUCGGAGUCGGGCGGCUACGUCGAUAUCCUUAUGGACGAUAUGGCAUAUCCAAGCUACUCCAGCGCCAAGAUUAAGAGCCGUCACAUGACGUUUGGCGAAGUGGGUGACACAAUGGUCCGCGAACUCGACUUCUCGAAGAUUACCCUGCGUAUCAUCGAACAUAUCGACAAGGAUGGCGAUGGAGAUGAGGACCAUGUCAUUGCUAAACUUACAGGCAGCACCAUCGACACAUUGCGAAGAUGUUUGUACACGCCAACGCAACUCACUCUGAAGGACAAGCACGGCAAGGAGAGCAAGAUCACCGUCAGUCUGAAGUACCUUCCUGUCAAGAUGCGCUUGGAUCCCAGCGAAUCGUUCAACAACCAAGGGACUCUCCGUGUUGAUGUCCUCGACGCGGCCGACUUACCAGCUGCUGAUCGCAACGGCUUCUCGGAUCCUUACUGCAAGUUCUACCUCAACGACAAAGAAGUCUACAAGACGAAGACGCAGAAGAAGACAUUGCAUCCGGCGUGGAACGAGUACUUUGAGGUCCCUGUUCGUAGCCGAACCGCCGCAGACUUCAUAGUGAAUGUAUACGACUGGGAUUUUGGCGACAAGGCCGAUUUCCUGGGCAAGUCUGCCAUUAACCUCGAAAUUCUGGAGCCGUUCCAGCAGCAAGAGGUCACUCUCGAACUGGACGGCAAGAGCGGCGCCAUCAGGCUUAGGAUGCUGUUCAAACCCGACUACGUCGUGCGCUCACGUCAAGGCUCGUCCACAUUCUCUGGUACGUUCGCAGUACCCGGAAAGGUCAUUGGUGCUCCCGUCAAAGGUGUCGGAAAGGGCGCUGCCUUCGUUGGCGGAAAUGUGAUGCGUGCAGGGACAUUCCUCGGCCGCGGGUUCAAGCGUAGGAAGUCCCGCGGUGCCAACGGAGAAGAGGACUUCGAACGCCCAGACUCAGCAGAGCGACCUAGCAUGGACGUUCCUGUCGUCUCCAUCGAAGGUGGGACAACAACCUCCAUCUCCGCCGAACCCACAACCCCCAACCGUAACACAACAGAGCACAAUCGCCACCGCAGCUGGGGCGCACAGUCCUUCGCCAGCAAGCGCGGCGAUCCCGCCACUCCCGGCAACGCCGAACAAGGUACCGCCACCAUUCAGGUCCUCUCUGCCGACGGCUUCCCGCCCGGCACAAACCUCCGCGUCUUCGUCCACAACGGCAAGCGCGAAGUUCACAAGACAGACCACAUCAAGACCCCCACCGGCUCCGUCGAUUUCCCCGAUGAGACCUUCAAGGUCCCCUGCACAGCAGACACCUUCUUCAAACUCAUCGUCAAGAACCACGCGACCUUUGGCCGCGACGACGAGCUUGGCGAGGCACAGUUCACCAUCGACGACUCCAUGGGAGGCGGUGAGAAGAACGUUGGCGUCGGCAAGGGCAUGGUUGUCAUAAGGAGCUCGUUCGUGCCCGCGGACGCGGUGAGCCAGGGGGGCAGCCAGAGUCCCCGCCUGCAGCGGGAGAAGCGCGGGUUGUUGAGUCGCGGCAAGGAGAGGAGUCCCGCGCCGCCAAGCGCUUAG